UUCGGCGCUGAUGUCAGUCGGCAACCGACUUCGGUACCGAACGGCAGUUUAUUUUCUCUUCUCUCGAGCAUCCUCUCUCGGCUUCUACCAAAGAUCACAUCAUCGCGCGCUGGCAAGUAGUAGAUCGUCGUAACAUCUCAAAUCAGAUCGAGUGUGAGCACCGACCAGGCCAGGCAGCAUCGUUUCCAAGACCCAAGACCCGUAAUCAUGAGGCGAUUCGCCUUGUUGGCCUUCCUGCUGGCCACGUGCCUGCUGGUGGUGACCGCCGCCAUCGACGGCGAAGAGGACGACCCGUUGGACGACAGUGCCGCCGAGGACUUUGACGAAGACGACGAGAAUCUGCUGCGCCAGAUCGAGGACCAGCACGUCCAGCGGGAGUUCGAAAAGGAGGACCAGCUGGCGCGGGAGCUUGCGGCCAAGAUCGCCGCCGAGCACUACAACUUCCCCGAGGACAUCGAGAACGCACCGCGGCUCGUCGACCCGUGCAAGGGCAUUCGCUGUGGGGCUGGCCGGAUCUGCCAGGCGGACGGGGGAACCGACGCCAAGUGCGUGUGCAUUCCCGAGUGCCCCGAGGAGAUGGACUCCAGACGGAAGGUGUGCACCAACCUGAACGAAACGUGGGACUCGGCGUGCGAGGUGCACCGUCAGCGGUGCAUGUGCAACACCGGAGAUGCGCGGUGUCGCGGCGAGGAGGUCAAGCACGUCCACAUCGAUUACUACGGCCAGUGCCGCGACAUGCCGGACUGCUCCGAGAACGACCUGAUGGACUUUCCGCGCCGGAUGCGCGACUGGCUGUUCAACGUGAUGCGCGAUCUGGCGGCGCGCAACGAGCUGCCCGAGGCGUACAUGGAGCUGGAGCACGAAGCGGAGAACAACAUGACCAAGCGGUGGACCAACGCGGCCAUCUGGAAGUGGUGCACCCUGGACGGGCACCCGAACGACAACUCCGUGUCGCGCCACGAGCUGUUCCCGAUCCGCGCCCCGCUGAUGGCCCUCGAGCACUGCAUCGCGCCGUUCCUGGAGAGCUGCGACCCGAACAACGACCACAGGAUCUCGCUGCAGGAGUGGGGCAACUGUCUGGAGCUGGAGGAGGACGACCUGACCGCGCGUUGCGCCAAAAUCAACAAGGAAGACGAGAUGGAGAAAAUUGAGCUGGAACUGGGAGAAGCUUAAAUUCGUAGAGUAAUCAGAAAAUUCGCUCUGCAUCUUUCGUUUUUGUAAGCUAACAAGUAAUUUUAAUUACACAGCAUGUGUACAAUCGAGGAUGUCCCUUUUUGGUUUUAAGUACAGUUGACGCGAAUUUGAGAAUGUAAAAAUUCUAAAACAAAUCUACCUAGUAAGAAGUGUAAAAUAACAACAAAGCAUUCGGUAUUCUUUUUUAAACUCAAUAAAUGAGCAAUUCUCUACCAAAACCGGAAA